GUUUGUGCGCAUGUGCGGAACUGGGAGGCUCAGUUUGUCAACAAGGAACAUUACUGUCCAUUUUUUCAUUUGUUCGUAUUUUUUUUUUCGACAUAACACCAUUUAUUGAAGUAAUGGCACUGUUAUUUAUCUUAGUAGUUGCCUAAUUAUUUGAUUAUAGCGUUCAUAUUAACCAUUGAAUACUUAAAGCAGUUUCCAUACAUUAGCCUGUAAGGAUGCCUGCUCGCAACGUGGUAUCUGAUAGCUUUUCAAACAACAAGGUCAGAUAUUCACGCUUGCCUUCUGACGAUGACGGCUAUAUUGAUUUACAGUUCAAAAAGAGCCCACCCAAAGUGCCGUACAAAGCCAUAGCCCUUGCUGCUGUACUCUUCUUAAUAGGGUCUUUGUUAAUCGUCAUUGGUUCCCUUCUACUCGCUGGGUACUUUGGAGUCACUCAUUCAGACAGAACUGUGCCUGUUCUCAUCAUUGGGAUCCUUGUCUUCCUGCCAGGGAUUUACCAUCUACGGAUAGCUUACUAUGCAUCAAAAGGUUAUCCAGGAUACUCCUAUGAUGAUAUACCAGACUUUGAUGAUUAGUUCCAAUCAUAUUCAUCACUGUAUGAAUUGCAUUGCUUGUUAACAUUGAUAAUUGUUGCCAGAAUUUAUCUCUUUAGCGACAGCUUAGAAACCAGUUGCCUGUAUACAUUUUUUUAUGUUAGCUAUGACUACUGCUAAAUGAAAAAUGUUAUCUCAUUAUAACUGAAUGCAUCAUAAAAUAAACUGUGAAAGUAGUUUCAGUUGUAAAUUGUUUUAAAUGGUUUAUUAGACUAUGUAGGAUUAAAUCUGAGGGUUCCCAUGCAUCCUGCAAAACCUCGAAAGCCUAAAAAGUCAUUGCCCUGUUUUCCAGACAUUGAAAAUGCAUGAAAAAUUUGAAAAAAGUCCAACUGUUCUGCAAAAUGUAUAUUUUGUCCAUGAAAAUUUCUCCACACUUUGAUUUGCUGUACUAUUGGAUAUCAAAUUAAUAGAGAAAGGAUUUUAUUCUGCACUCUUCUGUUUUAAUGUUAAUUUUAUGAUGAUUAUUUGUGAUUAUUUAUGUUUUUAUUUGUGUGAUUUUAAUAUCCCUCUUAUUCUGUAAAGCACUUUGAAUUACUUUGUGUACGAAUUGUGCUAUACAAAUAAACUUGCCUUGCCUUGCCUU